UACCAAUUGACAGAGCUUUUUCGUUAAACUAGGAUUGACUAGGGAGUGUUCCGCCUUACUGCUCAAAACAUAGGUUUCACGAUAGAUGUGAUCGGUCAACAGGGGAUGACUACACCUGAUCCCACCUCUGGAACUUCCAAAGAUAAUGGUCCAGGAUAUGUUGUCCAAUCAAUGUCUGAUAAUACAUGUGCAGCUGUCCAACUACAAGAAAAUAUCGGUGCAUUUCAAUUCUUCACGGAUACAAUCAAAUUAAACUUUAAACCAGCAUGCAGCAAACAAGGAUGACUGAUUUGUCACCAACAAGUACAUCUCAGGCCCUCUCCUGCUUCUUUUACACAAACUCUAAGUUGGCACCGACAUGCAUUCUGUUCAUGAGUAUUGUUAUAAUGAUGAUUUUCUCAACGUCAAAAUCAAUCCCAAAGCCACGUCCAGUUGUUUGGGGAACAGAAGCCAUUAUGACAUUUAUAAGUAUGUUUUUUACCUUUCUUGUUUGGUUUCUAGUUCAUCGAAACCGACGCAGAUAUCUUAGAGGACAAAUAUUGAAGGACGUGUCCCAGAAUGUUAAGCUCGUUUUCCUCUGGAUAUUUGGUCUGGGUAACAUUUUAAACUCUGGAAUUAAUAUGGCGGUCAAUAUCGACUGCUUGAUUUACGGUGGUCCUCAGCCAUUUGAGGGUGAGCAAUCUAUAAGUAUUCUUUGUCAUUUAACCGAAAUAUUUUUCUGUGUUGGACAGUUAGGGUUUCUAAGCCUUUAUGGAACGUACAGAUUUAAAUCAUCGUCUCUUAUUAAUUACGGAAUCUCAUUCAUGGUCAUAGCCCAUCUUCUUCGAUGGUGUAGAACUUUCUUUGAUUCAAUAUUGCGGGAAAGCAAAUCAUCUUUAUCAAAUGAAACGUAUAUUAAUGACUGCUUCUACAACUCCACCAUUGUUUCCAUCCGACAUAUGUUCAAUCCAUACGUUGAACCAAUUAUUAGUGAGUACUGUUUACUAUCUGUGGCUAUUGCCAUUAAAAUGUUUAUAACAUUUGACUUUGAUCCGUGUUUGCAUACAGAAGAAUCGACAAGGAGACUGGAGGAUACAUGCUCUUGUUCCGAUACUGAGAAUUCGUCCACCACUUCAUGGAAUAUGGUCGAAAUGCAGAGACGUCGGAACUCAUUCUUUUUGUCCAUUGGAAGCGGGAUCAUUUUAUCCCUUCCUUUUGCUGUGGCUUAUUUUUUACUCGGUUUCAACAACCAUAAUAUGCCUGACAUUUAUAGAAUAAUAAGAAUACCAUAUGACUUAAUGGUUUUAUUUCUGUUAUGUUUUGGAUACAGACAAUUCAACGUACAAUUCCAUGAAAAUUUACGAAGACAAAGAGCGAAACCUAUAAAUCACCCAGUCCUUACCUUCGUCACGGCGGGAGCGAUAGCUUACACCACAUUUGGUUGUAUAGCAGGAAUAAUGUUUUUACACCAAUCCUCUGGACGUGCUCUUUUAGCUGAUAAAAUCAUUCAGGCCAUCGGCAUCCUAUUCCAGACCAAGCUUAUACUCCACGUUCAAACAUUCGUCUUCAAAGACGCAACUGUUCGUGUGACCUUUUUUAAAGUACACAGCAUCUUUUUAUGUGUAUUCGUUAUGAACAUAAUUCAUUGGACACUUACUACAUUUGGUUCUAGAAAACCCAAAGACACGAUGCACCUUGAGGUAGAUUUUUAUGGAGAGGACUAUCUAAGAGUGAUUAUGCAAAUGAUGUUCCCUAUCAUGCUGUUUUACCGAUUUCUGACAGCAAUAGAAAUGUAUGAACUUUAUAAAAAGACUGAUAUCUACAGAUAAAGUUGACAUUUACCACUUAUAUAUUUCAUAUGUUCAUGUGUAAUUCUAUAAUUGUGCAAAAUUGUAUAUGAGUUCUUAUUUCAACGAAUGCUUCGUCAUAAUAGUAUACAUUUUUCAGCAAUAUAGAAUACUUUUAUGCAUUUGGUCAAAAAUGAAUUUACGAAGAACCACACAAUUGUUUUUUUUUCAAUGACCCUCUUAAACACUAUUGUAUAUUUUUAGAGUUCUUUUUAAAAUGACACAUAAUCUUCUUAUUCAAUCUUUUUAGUUUUUUAUGUUUUAGAAGCAUAGUUGACGAUUAUUUGAUUUAUAAAAGAUUUACAGCUUUUGUCUAUAAAUAAUAUAAAAAUGCAUUGGAAACACUGAACUAGAUAGUGGGUAACAAGGAAAUGAAAGUACACACGUUCUUUAAAAUUUUUCUUGGGCGAGAUAUAUUUUAAGGAUCCACAUAUUUCCGUAUUACCCAUGUAAGUGUCUACUUAACGGGUAUGUCCUGUCAAUGAUAACAAACUUCAAUUUAAUUUAGCCAAGCUUGCUCAAACCGUUCCAAGCCAUUGUUUAUUAACUGUGGUUACUUCUAUAUGUUGACUAUAUAUAUCCAAGUGAACUUGAUAUGAAAGGCGCCACAGAGUUUGUCCCAUUUGUUUCAUAUUUUUAUGUUUAUUGACAUAUGGCCAUAAGUGGGUCAUAAUUGCAUUUUUACACUAUAUAUUUCAUUGAAAAACCAUUAUUUAUAAGACCUAAUUGCGGGGUCAAUCUUAGUUUAAUUUCUAUGAUUUUUACACUGAGUCAGAAUUGUACAAUUGCUCUAAUUUUUACUUCUUAAAUCCUUAGAAAUUUAAACCUUAAAAUCUUAAAACAAAAUGAUACAUUAAUCAAUGAGAAUAAUUUAUGAAACCAUCAAGACAAAAACUUCUA